AUGGGUCUUGCUUUCAAUUGGUCACCUCAUGGAGUCUUUGAUGCAAGACUCCAUGAGGUGACCAACGUCGUGGAGCAGUUCAACCCUGAUAACGUGCAGACGGAACCUGUGUGGCUCACAUCUAUGCCGGCCAGGUCCUUUCCGGUGCAGGUGCUGCAGAAUGGAGUUAAGAUGACCAACGAGCCGCCCUCUGGGCUGCGGGCCAACUUACUUCGUUCACACUCCGCGCCGGAGUGUGAACGAAGCAGGUUGGCCCUCUCGGACGAGCUCCUCAGGGAGUCGAAUAAGCCGGAGAUCUUCAAGACGCUGCCCUUCGGCUUCUUCCAUGUGGUUGUCCAGGACCGGCGUAUGUUUGGGCCGAUGGGCUGGAAUAACUCUUAUGGCUUCACACCGGAAGAUCUGCAAGUCUGUCGGAAGCAGCUCAUGCUCUUCAUCAACCAGCACGAGCAGGUGAUCGUCGAAAUCAACUGCUUAUCUUUGUCGUCUGUGACACUGACGAUGCUUCAGACUUUCAUCCGUCCGGAGGCGGUGGAGCAAAAGUAUGGCUACAAGUAUUCAGCUAGCGGCUUUUACUAUGCUCCAGCUGCGGAAAAGAGAUGUGGGCGAUGA